UUGGAGUUGACGAACUACAUAGAUGAUACAAAUGGUGCGGAAGUGAAGGAGAAUCAAUUCUAUAAGGAUAAAGCAACUCUAGUUGAUGUAAUGGCCAAAUACAAAAUCAAUAAUGAAUUUAAUUUCAAGGUUAAAAGAUCCGACAGUAAAAGUUAUGUGAUAGUAUGCCUUUCAGAAGGAUGUUGUUGGAGAAUGAAAGCUUCAUGUUGGAAAAAAACGGAUAUAUUCAAAGUUAGAUAUUUCAAUAGUGAACAUUCAUGUGCACUGAGAGAUAGGAUUUUCAACAAAGUUCAUGCUACAAAGGCUUUUGUUAGUGCAUUCACAGCCCCUAAAUUGGUUAAUCAUAAGAGAAUUGUCACCCCUAAUGAUAUACGAGAGGAUAUUAAAUCAGCGUAUGGAAUUGAUAUUACCUAUCAACAGGCAUGGCGUUCAAAAGAGCAUGCUUUGCAGAUGUUAAGGGGAAAACCUGCUGAUGGAUAUAGACAGCUGCCUGUAUAUAUACAUAUUCUAAAAACCGUAUAUCCAAAUUCGUACAUAAGUAUGCACAAGUCAUCAACUGAUGAAUUCAUGUAUUUGUUCAUAGCGUUAAGGCCCUUGAUGAGGGGGUUUCAGUUUUGUCGACCAGUAGUUGUUGUUGACGGUGCACAUCUUGAUGGACCUUAUAAAGGGACGUUUGUAUCAGCUAGCACACUUGAUGGGGCAGGUUGCAUAUUGCCGUUGGCGUAUGGUAUUGUUGAUACGGAAAAUGAUUCAUCAUGGACGUGGUUUUUUCAGAAUUUCAAGAAUGCAUUUGGAGAGAGGGACAAUAUGUGUGUUGUAUCAGAUAGGAACGAAAGCAUAAUCAAGAGUGUAAGCAUGGUAUUUCCCAAUGUUCCUCAUUUUGCAUGCAUAUGGCAUAUAUGGAAAAAUGUGUGUACUAAAUACAGAAGGAGCAAAGCUGUACUAAGUGACAUCUUCUAUUCAAUGGCCAAGGCAUACCGAAAAGAUGAAGUCGAUAAAUUAAUGGCCAAAGUUGAAAGAAUCGAUCAACGGGUGGCACAAUAUUUAAAAAAUGCAGGAUACGAAAAGUGGUCAAGGGUUCAUGCCACUGUCAACAGGGGUAGAAUGAUGACUUCUAACAUCGCAGAAUGUAUCAAUGGAUGUCUUGUUGAAGCACGAGAGCUGCCUAUAAUUGACUUUUUGGAGCAAACGAGAAUGUUAUUUGGUUCUUGGAACUGCAAAAAUAGAGAAAUAGCAUCUUAUACAAAACAUACUUUGGGUAGAAAAUUCGAAGAUAUCCUAGUUUCAAACACGAUCAAGUGUUCGAGAAUGAAGGUUGUUGCUUCAUCAGAGUAUCUUUAUUCUGUUUACGAAUUAGGUAUAAGAUACAUUGUGUGUCUAGAGAGAAAAACAUGCACUUGUGGUAGAUUUCAACUAGACGAGAUACCAUGUCCACAUGCAAUUGCAGUGUUGAAGAGCAAGAACAUUACUGACCUGCACCCAUAUUGUUCUGAUUACUACAAACCAGAGGCGUUGGCAAAUACUUAUGAAUUACCAAUGGUUCCAAUGCCAGAUAAGAAAGACUGGACUGCUCCGAAGGAAAUUUUGGAAGAAAUUGUCUUGCCGCCAAUAUACAAAAGGAUGCCAGGAAGACCAAAGAAAGGGAGAAAAAAGUUUGCUAAUGAGAAAAUAACAAGUAGCACAAAUUCUUGUGGACGUUGUGGCCACGAAGGCCACAACAGAAAGACUUGUAAUUUCAUUCCUAAAUAGAUAUGAUGUUUGUGGU